AUGUUUAAAUUGAUUUCACGACGAACCAUUUCUUGGUUACCAAUCCGAAGUUAUUCCAAAGGCUCUAUCUAUUCUCCAGAAUUUAAGCGAUUACAAAAUGAGAUUGAACAUAGUAUAAAUUCCUCUUCAAAACCAAGCGAAAUAGUCAGAGCCAUCGACUCUAUCAAACAACUUCAAGCUCAGUACCCCAUACAUGAUCAACUCGAGUCCAAAUCGAGCCUAACGAAGCAAUCCGAACAACUCAUAGAUCAAAUUUUCAAGCGAGCAGAUGUUAUAUUCACACAAGACCUUUUACAGCAAAUUUUUGUAUUGAACUUACCGACCGAAUUGAACCUUAAGCUCAUUAACAAGUACUAUGAAAUGAAUCCUGCGAAAUCUACAAUUAUCAAGAAAGAUGUCGCAUUAAUACCACUACGUAAUGCUAUAUACAAUGCCGAUUUCAAUAGGGCUAUCAAAGUCUCUGAUGUCACUGUUGGUCAUCCAAACUAUAUUGCCAACAAAGCCAGCACCCUUAAACGCGGGUUUAUCAAGUUGGUAGGAACAGCAGCAGCCAUUACUAUAUUCACGAAAUUUGGAGUCACAACAUUGGUUGAGGAAGAUAUUAUCCCUGCAAGUUGGCUGCACCUUGGUGCUUUGAACUCUGUAUUGCUUACCUACAUAAUCAACUCGGCAUUCUUUGUGACCAUAGUCAAGUUUGGAAGACAGUUGAUCUCCUCGGGUGGCGAUUAUCUUACUUGGCAAAAGGGUACAUUGUACAACCAUUGGUUUAAACAUGCAGAUGAAAUGUUGUUUGCCUCGAAAAUUAUGGAAGCAGAUCGAAAUUUGAAUAAUGGUGAACUGAACCCAGAGAUUGUAGAAGAGAUCUGUCGUGUUGCACCCGAUAUAAGAAGUAAUACCGCAUCAUUGCACCCAGGCUAUGACAGAGCUGGAAACAAGAUUAGGUUGAUGCAAAUGAAGGACGAUUUUGAAAAGUUGAAAUUCCAAGCAUAUUGGAUGACUGGUGGAGAUGGAUUCGAGUGGGUUGAACCUGAUCAAGACCCAGCUGAAAUACAAUGGAGAGAGCAUUUGGAAAAAUACAGUAAGCCCUUGUUGAAGAACAAGGCAGAUGCUGGAGAGUUGAAAUGGGCAGAUGAAUUGAUCAAAGAAUAA